AUGUCUGACCCUCGCUUUGCCCGUCUCAAGUCCGACCCACGCUUCAGGCGUCCGAAGAAACACCAGUCGAAGGUCGUCGUGGACGAUCGCUUCAAGAGCAUCUUCGAGGACGGCAAAAAACAGGGCAAGAAAGACAAAGGCGGCAAUCGCGUGGAUAAGUAUGGCCGUGCCCUGGCUGAUACGCACGAGAAAGACAAUCUGCGCCGCUUCUAUCGCUUGGAAAACGAGGAGGAAGAGCCGCUCAGAGCCGGUCCUGAUUAUGCGCGCGGUGAAGCUCUACUCGAGUCUUCUGACGACGACGGAGAUGAAGCUUCCGACGCCGAAAGCGACUCGGACGGGGUCGUGACCCUCGGUCGCGACCCGUCGAAACCCAUUCGCAUCAAUGAUGAAGAUCUUGAAGUGGACCUUGAUGAGACUAAUUACGCCGAUCUUGAUGCUCAGGCAGCCGCCUACUCCAAAGCAGCCGAAGCAGCCAACGAAGAACAGGAAGAUGACGUGACUCGAACGCGUCGACUCGCUGUUGUCAACCUCGAUUGGGACUAUGUGCGUGCCAAUCAUCUAUACAGGAUCUUUGCCUCGGUCGUUUCACCUACCAUCGCGUCCUCGUCAAAAUCGUCAAAAAACUCUGCGCCCGUCGUUCGCGGUACCGUGCGUAGCGUUCGCGUCUACCCUAGCCAGUUCGGGAAAGAGAGGCUGGAGCGAGAGGAGAGGGAAGGUCCGCCGGUGGACCUUUUCAAAAAGAAAGUCGAACUGGACGAGGAAGAUAUCAAUGAGACAAAUAUCUAUGAGACGGGCGAUACGAAUGAAUACGACGAUGACGCGCUCAGGAAGUACCAACUCGAACGAUUACGCUAUUAUUAUGCGAUCGUCGAGUGCGACACGGUACCGGCGGCAGUACAUCUUUAUAAUGAACUGCAGGGAACUGAACUCGAGCGUUCUGCAAAUGUCUUCGAUCUGAGUUUCGUGCCAGACGACAUGACGUUCGAGGAGGAGCCUCGAGACGAAGCCCUCGGCGAUGACUUGGGUACAGGUUACAAGGGUCUCGAUUUCGUCACCGACGCCCUUCGUCACUCAAAAGUCAAACUCACGUGGGACCAGGACGAUCCCGACCGCGACCGCGUCACUCGGCGGAACCUGUCGCGGAAAGAAAUCGAGGAGAACGACUUCCGCGCCUUUAUUGCGUCCUCCUCGGGCUCCGAGUCUGAGUCCAACGACAAUGCAAAGGACAAGGGAAAAAAGGCGAUGGAGCGUGACAAGCUCCGCGCGCUGCUCCUUGGUGGAGGGGGCGAGGAUAUGCCUGAAGGCUGGGGUGGAGGCGCGUUCGACGGCGAGGACAAGGGCGAUGUGGACAUGGAGGUGACGUUCACGCCGGCGUUGAGCGGGACGAAAGAGGGAGACGAGACGACGCUAGAGAAGUAUCAGCGGAAGAUGAAGGAGAAGCGGAAGAAGCGGAAGGAGGAGGUGAAGCAGAGUGCGGGAGGCACUAGUGACCUGGCAGGUGAUGAGUUCUUCGAAGAGGGCAGCAGCGAGGAGGAAGGCGAAGCAGUCGUAGCGCCAAAGAAGGAGAAGGGCAAGAAGAAGGGCAAGUCCGACAGGAGUGGGGGCGACGAGAAGGACGUUCAUGAGACGCGGAAGCCCUCCACUACGGAGGAGCUCACUCUACUAGUCGGUCCUGACAAGCCUGACGCGGAACCUAAGCAUUUCGACAUGAAAGCCGUGGUGAAGGCAGAGAAAAAGAAGGGCAGAAAGGGUAAGAAGGGUAAGAAAGGGGAAGAAGCAGAGAACGAGAUGCAGGAAGACUUUGUAAUCGACGUUCGAGAUGAGCGGUUCAAGGCGAUACACGAGGAUCCAGCUUUUGCUAUCGACCCGAGCAAUCCCCGCUUCAAAAAGACGAAGGCGAUGGCUUCAAUGUUGCAGGAGCGAUCGAAGCGACAACGUCACAAACUGAGAGAUAGGGAUGGAGCUGAUGUCAAGUCGCUGUCGGCGGAGGGCACGGAGAAACAGGCCUUAACGAGUCUCGUAGAGAGUGUGAAGAGGAAAAGCGCAGCGACGGAAGGGGGAAUUGGAAAAAGACGGAAAGUUUGA